UCCACCCACAAUGAGCGCGCACACACGCACUUUGCAGCCUGCCCUCUCUGCCCCCCUCCGCAGCAGUCGCAUAGCGUUUUCGGGAAGAAUAAAGUUUGAAGUCCGUCUUUUACCGGAGCCAAGCGGGGCCUAGAGGGACGAAACGACUCGACUAUGUGGAGACAGAAUCUUGUCUCGGCAUGUCUGGUUUUUCUGCUGACGUUCGCCGAUGCUUCGCGAUUUCUGAGCCAGAGCACAGCGUCGCACUUCCUGAACCGGCGCAGGAGGGCCAACUCGCUUUUUGAGGAGCACAAGAAGGGCAACCUGGAGAGGGAGUGCGUUGAGGAGCUGUGUAACAGGGAGGAGGCCAGGGAGAUCUUUGAGAACAACCCUGAGACGGACUUCUUUUAUCCAAGGUAUGUCGAGUGUCUGGGUUACCACCGCGUUGGCAUCAGCAACCACGAUUCCGGUUCGGCCAUCCCGUCGGAUCUUCGGACUUGUGUGAAAGAAAUCAGCAAUCAGUGCACGCCGUUUCCGUGCUCCAGGCACGGCACCGAGCGCUGCGUUGACGGUCAAGGCACUUAUACGUGCGUGUGCAAGUCUGGCUGGGAUGGAAAAUGCUGUGAUAAUGACAUCGAUGAAUGUUCAGAUCCCAAAUUUCCAGCGGGAUGUAACCAAAAAUGCGACAAUGUUCCCGGAAGCUUCCACUGCACGUGUAAAGAUGGCUACUAUCUCCGGGACAACAUCAACUGUGUGGAUAUCAACGAGUGCUUAAUGUACCCCAGUAUUUGUCAAGAACCCGCUCAAUGCGUCAAUACGGCGGGAAUGUUUGAAUGUCAGUGUCCAACCGGCUUCAAUUACAAUUUCACUUCCAAAAGCUGCGACGAUGUGGACGAGUGCGAGGGCAACGUGUGCGACGGGACUUGCGUCAACAACGUGGGCAGCUACUCGUGUCGCUGCGACGGCCGCCGGGGCCUCCGCUUGGCCGACGACAAGCGAACUUGUGAAAAGAUCCCGGUCUGCGUGGACUUGUACGACUCCAAGUACGCUGAGAUGUUGUACCUGGGGGAGCAGUUUGCGGGGCUCCCCGUCAUCUAUCUUCUCUUCCGUCUGCCGGAGACGACAAAGUUUGCAGCCGAGUUUGACUUCCGCACGUUUGACCCCGAGGGAGUUAUUCUCUAUGCGGAGUCCUCCCAGGACGCCUGGUUCAUGCUGGGGCUACGAGGCGGCCGCAUCGAGGUCCAGUUUAAAAAUCAGCACACCAUGAAGGUCACCAGCGGAGGGAAAGCCAUCAACGAUGGACAGUGGCACGUGAUCUCGGUGGAUGAACUUGAGAAGAGCAUCAGCGUGAAGAUCAGCAAGGAAGCUGUCAUGAGCAUCAACAGUCCAGAGAGUCUCUUUACCGGGGUCAACGGCAAACUGGAGACCAAAUUUUACAUCGCCAGUGUCCGCAACCGCACCAACAGUCUCAUUAAACCUAUCAACCCUCGACUGGAUGGCUGCAUCCGGGGCUGGAACAUGAUGAACCAGGGCGCCUCCGGGGUCAAGGACGCCAUCAAGGAGAAGAAAAGCAAACACUGCUACGCACAUGUGGAACGAGGAUCUUUUUUCACCGGGGAAGGAUUGGCGCAUUUCCACCUUGACUACAGUGACUCUGGAAGCUGGAAAGUGGAUUUAAGAAUGAGUAUACGUCCUUCGAGCAGCACAGGUGUCCUCUUUGCUCUGGUUUCCGACAACAGGGUCCCGUUGUCGCUCGCCGUGCUAACGCAGGGCGACUUUGACGCCAGCCUGCAAGUUUUCUUGGAUGGGGUGAUGGUGGCAAAGCUGGACUCGCUGCUAUUGUGUUACCCCGACAGAUUAACGGUGCUGCUGAGCGCUACGCCGACUGACAUUUCCAUCUCAGCCAACUCGUCAAAUGUCAGGGAAAUCGCGCCCGACGUCCUGCAGGAGGCGCUGCAGCGCCUCAACGCCACAAUGCGGAGCCCAGUCAGCACCUACAUUGGCGGGAUACCGGAUGAUGUCCCGUGGGAUGCCACCCCGGUGACUGCCUUUUAUCACGGCUGCAUGGACAUCUCCGUCAACGGCCAGAUGUUGGACUUUGACGAGGCCCUGAGCAAGCACAAUAGUAUCAAGUCCCAUUCUUGUCCUCCCGCUUCAACCCCAGAAACAGACGCCCUUCCGCAGCAAGGAGAGUGACCUUAAUUAACACCACCACCACUUUGCAGUAGUCCUACACCCCUUGUGGGAAAUUCCAAUUUUAGGACACAGAACGGGAGGGAGGAUCGUCUCAAGAAGAGGCGGGGGAUAGCUGUUAGACUUGCUUUUGACACACUUUUUUUUCUGAUUAUACUUGUGAUGUACGACGACGGCUUGUUUGCUGGAAGUUGGAUGACGUAGUUGAAACAUUUUGCUGCAAGCAAGUCAUUCCAAGAAAAGUUGGAGAGCUCUGUAACAUGUGUUGAGCAAGAGGCGGGGCCCCUGAAGACCGGAGCGGGGCUCCCGAGCCACCUGCAACCUGGCUGAAAGUCGCCGCCGGAUCUUGUCUGCGGGGAGAAAUACUCUGACAUAAAAGUCCAACACUUGCUUGAAGAUUUUUCUUACAAUCCAGAUUGUAUUGUCUUGUUUGAGCCCAUUUAACUCGUUCAUCGCCAUUGAUAGCUCUCGACAGAUAAUAUAAGGAUGAACCAAAAUAAAAAUUCUUGACUCAAAAUUGAAGCAAUUAAAUAAAUGACAAUAUCUUAAACACCUUA